CAAAACAAGCUUGCGGAUGUAGUGGAGGUUUGGAGGAUAUUUUAUCACCUGUAUUACACAAGAUGACUGAUUAAGCAGACACAGGCACAAGGAACCUGUUAGGCGUUUUGCUUCAAAUGUUUGCUUUUAAGUGAGUCUUCUUAGCUAAACCGCAGUAAAUAAGUUAUUAUUGUUUUAAGAGGUUUACUGAUCAGAACCAGUGAAAUAUGCUUAGUGGUAGACUACUGUGCAUGGGUCCCAACAUCUACGGAAGCCCCGACAGUUGUUUGUAAAGGCAGGUAACAUCACGUGUCUCAAGACCUACAGACAGGAUGAUCUACAUCAUAAUGGGAGUCUCAGGCUGCGGAAAAAGUGCCUUAGGGGCCUUCCUAUCGGAUAAGCUGGGCUGGCCUCUACAUGAAGGGGAUAGCUUCCACCCACAGGGGAACAUUGAGAAGAUGGCUCGAGGUGAACCACUUACAGACCAGGAUAGAUUACCCUGGCUACUAAAACUACAUGAAGUCAUUGAUAGAGAAAGGAGCUCCAGCUCAGAUGCCCUGGUGGCAUGCUCCGCCCUGAAGCGUCUGUACAGACAGAUCCUGCUCCACGGCUCCAAAGCCCUCGCUUCUUCCUCCGGUCCAGACCAAGAUUGCCUGCCUGCCUCCUUUCCUGAUGUCUGUUUUCUCUUUCUUUAUGGAGACUACAAUCUCAUUCAGCAGAGGAUGGUGGCCCGGAGGGGUCAUUACAUGAAAGCAGAUCUUCUGCGUUCCCAGUUUGAUGUUUUAGAGCCUCCGUCUGAUAAGGAGAAUGUGUUGCCACUGGACAUCAGGAGGAGCAUCACAGACAUGGCUAUGGAGGUGGACAAGCACAUAAUAAGCGUCAAGUCGUCACCAAGGCCAGUCCAUAUCUAGGUCAUACCAAGUGAAGUAGGUUUUGGUUUAAUCUACUCAUUACUGCUACAGUACAGAAUGUGUAUGAUUCUGUGGUACUUUAAACUUUUCCAGUAGGCCUUCCAGUAUAUUCCUGCUGAAGAGUGCUUGAUUUGGGAGCAUAAAGAGCUUUUUUGGAGGGAAUGAAAAAUGUACUUCCAACAGUGUGCCAAAAAAAAACCGGCCAGAUGUGGAUAUUAGCUACGGUAUUUUGAACUCAAAGAGCAGAAAUGUGAAAGUAUGGUUAAGAGUUGCACUGUAAAGACACAAUGCUUCAGCAAUUUUUUUUGAAAAAUGGAGAAACUACUUGACUUCAAUAAAAAAAAGUAAAAUGCUCUUCUGGAGUUUUGAACUUAGCAUCAGUUGCUUUAGUUGCAAGCAAUGUUGUUAUUUAAUUUCAUCUGUCACACCACCUUUCAUGCACUGAUAUCCCCUGCCAAAUGCACCGAAUAAUCAUCGAGUGCAAUGUUCACACUAAAUAUGACAAAGUAAAACAGUAAAAAGGAUUCGGAUUUAAAUAAUGUACUCCUACUCACUGCUGUAUGGAACGUUAAGCUCGCCUGACUUCAGGUGAAACCACACUAAAUGUCAGAUCAGGUCAAGGUUUCACGAUCCCUGUUUCCUGAUCUAUAAAAUCAUCUUCAAGGACACACACACACUCCCCCCAAUACACACCUCAACUCAGCACUAGGGCUGUUUUUGUGGUGUGACUCAUCUGCAAACCUCAACUCGAAUAUUUUAGGAGCUUCUAAUCCAGAAAACCCCUUUGGCUACUCUCAUAUCUCACACAUGCAGACGAAUGGGUGCAUACACACAACCAGCCACAGACACACACAUACAUCACAGGAGAUUAAAACGCCCUCAGUCUGGCAGCAACAGACAAACACACACAGGUUGUCAAGUGGAUCACAUACACACAUAUCUGAUGUCAGAAUAUGUGUCGUGUGUCAAUUAGUCCACCAUGUGUCAGCCUAAGGACACAAAAGCAGGGAUGAAACAGAGCGUAACACACAUUCUAUUAUGCACUAAAAAUGGCUUUGACUUCAUUUGUUUUGUUGCAAGAAAAUAGUUUCAUGUUUGAAGUGAACAUGGAGACACAUAAUUCACUCAUAAUUAACAGUUAAAUGUAAUUAGAAUCAGAAAUAAAAUACUUGUGCACAAUUCCAGUUGGUCAAAACAAAACAGCUGAUGUUAUUGAGGAGAAUAAGUGUAAAUGCCCUCUAGUGUUUGUAGUAUAAAAGUACAACAGCAGAUUUUAGAUGUGCAGAGAAUAACAUAGCCAUGGGGUUUCAUGGUGGGAUUCGCUUUCAAAUUUAGCAAAGGUGGAUUAUAUGUAUAAAAUGACAUAUUAGAUAACUAUUCUUAUCAUGGAAAGACAAGAAACCUGUUUGUGUUUUGACUAGUGUUUUUAAUAAUCGCUACACAAUGCAGGGCACAACAUUAUGUGUUUUCAGCUUCUCCAUUUAAUACAAUUGCAAAUGGGAUUAAGGGAUCAUGAAACAAAACACUCAUCUUUAAGGCGGUUCCUAGGAAGUUGUGAUGUUUUCAUAUUAUACACUUAAUGAUGAAUACAAUAAUCUUAGCAGAAAAACAAAUCCACAUAUUAAUUAUUACUUAAAGUGGUUGAUCAAAAAAAAAAAAAAGUUAAAUUAAACCAAGUGCUACUCCUUUUUUAAUCAAUUAUUUAAAAAAAUAAAAUAAAAUAAAAACAA